ACGUCCCGCCGCCCUUGGAGCGCUGCGUGCGCAAAGAAGGCGCCGCGGAUCAUGCUGGCCUCGCCCGCGUUCCGGCUCCUGAGUCGGACUCGUCCUGGGCGGCGGGGAGGGCUGCAGGCGGCGGCCGGCAGGGCUUUGUGCGCCGCGGCCGGGGAAGAGGAGAGAGCCGGCCAAGGACAGCAGCAGCGCCCGCCCUUGGAGCCCGGCCUGCUGGAGAUCCUGGUGUGCCCCUUGUCCAAGAAGCCGCUCAGGUAUGAAGAAUCCACCAAUGAAUUAAUUAACGAAGAGCUGGGCAUCGCUUAUCCCAUCAUUGAUGGCAUUCCUAAUAUGAUACCUCAGGCAGCAAGGAUGAUCGGCAAGGAGAACCAAGGAAAGGAAUCUGAACAGACCUAG